AUGCGUUUCUUCCAGGCCGUUGUUGCUCUUCCUCUGAUUGCGGGUGUUGUUGGCAGCCCUCUGAAUACCCGCGCUACCCUUGAAAACUGCAAUGACGAGGGGGUGCAAGCAAUUAACAACGCACUCGCCCAGGCUGCAGAGAUGGCCAUUUCAGGAGCCAGCCUCAUCCGCAGCGGAUCUGGCUACUCAUACAGCCUCUUCCAGAGCUUCUUCAAGACCAAUGACGCGCAGGCUCGCAACCGUGUUGCGGAUGUCUUGGAGAAGAUCGCCACAGAGGCCACGAACGGGAACCAAGGCGUUGUAACCUACUACUGCACUCCGGAGGGCAUCGAAUGCGUUAACAGCCACUCUUUUACCAUGACCGCCUACGGUGACACGGACGGAACCUACGGAAGGGUCCGAACUUGCCCUGCAUACUUUACCGAUUUCCCUGCGUGGUCAAACAUUUGUAGUGUCCUGGAUCAAGCAACUUCUAGCUUGCAUGAGCUGGCGCAUACCAAAGGCAUCUUCGGCCCCGAGACGUAUGGCUAUGACGCAGUGCAUGGUUUGAGCUCUGCUUCCGCUCUUGAGAACGCUGAGAGCUAUGCCUUCUUCUCCAAGUCGGCUUUCCUCAACUGCAGUAUCACCUACUAA